AUGGCAGGAGACAAGGCACCAGACUCAUCGUCUGGGCAAAAUGCAGAUGCGAGUCCCAGCAUAAAAAAUCUUGCGCGUCUUUUGUCGAUGCUGCAGUCGGGAGCAGAGGAUGCCCCUCCGGCGCCUCACGAGCACAAGUUUUGGAAGACGCAGCCAGUGAAGCAGCCGGGCGACAAGUCUGAGCUGCCGAUGGGUGCCAUCGAGCCGAACAAGCCACCUGAAAGCGUACGCUCGGAGCCUUAUGCGCUGCCGAGUGAUUUUGAAUUCGUCACUGUGAAUAUGGAUCGAGACGAAGAGCUCAAGGAGGUGUAUGAUCUGCUGACACACCACUAUGUUGAGGACGGUGAGGCGACCAUGCGGUUCAAGUAUACACCUGACUUUUUGCGGUGGGUCUUGCAUCAUCCCAACUACAACAAGGCAUGGCAUGUUGGCGUGCGCGUCAAGUCAUCCCAAAAACUCGUGGCAUUCAUCGCUGGUAUUCCUCAGGAAUUGCGCGUACGUGACACAGCCUUUCACGUCACAGAGAUCAACUUUUUGUGCGUGCACAAGCGGCUUCGUACCAAGCGCAUGGCGCCGGUGCUGAUCAAGGAAAUCACGCGCCGUUGCAAUCAAAGCGGCAUUUUCCAAGCGAUUUACACGGCCGGUCAAGUGUUGCCGACGCCGAUUUCGUGUGCUCGGUACUACCACCGCACGCUGCGGGCCCGCAAGCUUGUCGAGAUCGGCUUUAGCUCCGUCCCGAGAGGAAUGACUAUGGAGGAGCACGAGGCCCGCUUUGCUUUGCCGAGCACAACGAGUGUGCCGGGUCUGCGAGAGAUGCAAGCGUCGGAUGUGCCGGCUGUUGGUCGGCUGCUACGGCGGUAUAUGGCUCGCUUCGAUAUGGCUCCUCGCUUCUCCGAUGCCGAGGUGCGCCACAUGUUUGUGCGUGCAGCACCGACGACGCCAGCUGCACAGCCGGUGAUCUGGGCGUACGUGGUUGAGGCGCCCAAUGGAAGUAUCACCGACUUUUUCUCCUUCUACAAUCUCCCAUCAUCGGUCUUGGGUAACGAGAAGCAUGACACUUUAGCAGCGGCGUAUCUGUUCUACUAUGCGAGCGAUGCUGCCUUUGACAACGAAGCGACGCCGUCCACAAGCGACGAGGCGUCGCCGUACGAUAUCGCACGAAGAGAGAAGCCCGCGUGGCAGUGCAGCGACCAGAGUCAUCUCACAGCGAGGGAGGCAGCAGACGAGGCGCACGUCCAGCCUUGGUACACUGAGUCACUCGACUGCAAAAAGCGACUCAAGGCACGGCUGUGUGCGCUGAUGGACGACAUGCUCAUUCUCGCUCGCGACCAAGGCUUUGAUGUGGUCAACUGCCUAACAGGGAUGGACAAUGCGCUGUUUACGCAGGAGCUCAAGUUUGGUCCAGGUGAUGGGUUCUUGCGCUUUUAUCUAUUUAACUGGCGCGUGGCGCCGAUUGCUGGUGGUAUGGGUACUCGUAAAGACGAAGAGGGUCUGGACCCAGCGGCCGUGGACGAAUCGGCGGCGGUGGCUCGACCCCUCCCGCCAACGACGUAUGGCUCAGGGAAUGGCAUAGUGAUGGUAUAA